AUCUUCUUCGAUCAUUUUCUUUUAUAUCCCCUUUCCCCCCAGAUUACUGUCAUCUCCUUCAAUUGGAAAUUUUCUUAGUUGCAGGGUUUCCGUAAUCGUAAGUUUCUUCUUUCGAUUGGUUUAUUACUGUUUAAUGAUUGGUUACGAUUGAACUCUGUUUAAAAAAAACUAGAGUUGUGUUCUUCGAGAUGUUUUGUUGAAAUUUGGGCUUGUUUAGAUCAUUGCUCGACGAUUACUUGCCUUGUUUGUGGUUAUUUUUGUUUAGAGAUCAAUUUACACCAAAUUGGUUUCUCUGUUGAUUUUCGAUUUUCAUUUUCUGUCUUCCUAGUGUUUAAAGCUGAAUUAAGCCCCAAAUUAGUUUAUUUCUUAUGUUGAUGGUGUUCUUUAUAAAUCUGUCUUUUCUAGGUUCGGAGCUCUGCUUGUUAGUUGUGAAUUUUCCCCAAAUUAAGCUCCAUUUAGCUCUAUUUUAUCUUCUAGGGUUUGAACUUUGAAGCUCAAUUACGGGUUUAGAUUUGCCCCAAAUUGGGUUUGAAAUCUGAUUCAGAAAGAAGGUGAAGUUGGUUGAUGGAAAGUGGAAACAAGUUGAAAAAAUUCUGCCUGUGUUUGCAUUGCAUUACCCACGUGUUUGCAGCCAAGAUCUGCAUACAUCCUACCCUCCCGAGAUAGCUACCUCUGUGUGCGAUUUACUGGGUUAGUUUCGUUUAGUUUGAUUUAUCAGUUUGCCACUUUGCUUUCGGGUGGCAAUGGACGAUGGGGAACUUGAAUUCUCUAACCACGAGAUGUUUGGUACGACCGUCGGUGAUAUCCUAAGCACCGGUUCCAUGAACGGCUUCUUCGAUGAAAUCUUCAACGACACACACGCUUGUACUCAUACCCACACGUGCAAUCCGUCGGGGCCCGAUUCCUCGCACACCCACACAUGUUACCACGUGCACACCAAGAUUCUCCCGGCUAUGAGCGAUGACGACAAGACCCCCACCGACGAUACCGCGGAGUCCUCAGAGAAAAAAGGCAAGAAACGUCCUUCGGGGAACCGGGAAGCUGUGAGAAAAUACCGUGAAAAGAAGAAAGCACGUGCCGCUUCGUUGGAAGACGAAGUGGUUCGAUUGAGAGCAUUGAAUCAACAACUAAUGAAGAGAAUUCAAAGCCAAGUGGGGUUAGAAGCAGAAGUAGGGAGACUUAAGUGUUUGCUUGUGGACAUUAGAGGGAGAAUCGAUGGAGAAAUUGGAUCGUUUCCUUAUCAGAAGCAACAUCCGACUAAUCCAAGCCUUGUGAAUCCGAAUUUGGGUGGUGGGUUCGUGUUGAAUCCCUGUAAUAUGCAGCGAGGUGCGUCGGUGCACCAUGAUCUUGAUCUCAAUGACUGUGACUUUGAGGAUCUGCCGUGCUUCGGGAACCAAGGUUCGAUGCCCGAUGAGCUUCCGGGAUGUGGAGCUAACAAUGGUCUCCGAGGUGUCAAUCCUUCAGCCGGAACUAAAAAGAAAAGGCGCUCGUGCAGCAACAUCUAGAUGAAUUGCGUCGGAUCUGAUACGAUCCUUGGUGUGCAAUUUUGUUAUAAAACGAUCUGCUGCUGGAUCACCAUGGUUAUGUGCUCCAUGUUUUGCAUGUUGUUUCUUGCUAUUUCAGUUGAGUUUUUGUAUUUUUAUAAAGCUCCUUUUUCAUAA